AUGUCUUCCAACGAAAACAGCAAUAACCCCGUUGCGCCCGGUAAUGGCAACACCACCGCUGACAAGGCCACCGGCGCAGCCAAAUUCGUUACGGGUGCCCUCGGGAACACUCUCGGUGGCGUGGGCCGCACCGUCGGCAACGUCACUGGCGCCGCGGGCAAGGGCGUCGGGGAUACGAUCAACAACGUCACUGGGGACCGAGCCAAAUUUGUCGGCGACGGCGUCUCCAGCCUGGGAACAGGAAUCCAGAGCGGCCUCGGCAGCGUGUCGCAAGGCGUCGAGAAUGCGGGUCAGUGGAAGCUGGGCGCUGGCGGGCAGGAAAAGACUGCUGAGAAGAAGGAAGCGAAUUAA